AUGACAACUAAAAUUGCAAUUAAUAAUAAUAUAUUAGAUUAGCAAGGUGAAUCUUUGUAGUAGUUAAUAUAUGAAAUUAAAAUAAAUACCACUAUUCAAGAGAGCUUAAUAAGAUUUUGGAAGUUGUUUAAAUAAAACUAUAACGGCCAAAUAGAAAGAGUAGAAUUCAAAAAAUAUGUAGAAAGAGUUCUCGCAUUCUUGCUCAAUAUACCAGAUAGAUCAAGGAUAGCCUCUUUAGCAGAUGAUGAAAUCAGUAAAUUUACAACUCAAAAUCAUAAAUAGCAUAUAUCUUAUGAUAUUUUCUGCGAGUUCUUUGCCUUUUUUGCAUUCAAAUACAUUGAAAAUGUUGAUAUAAAGUCCUUUAGAUCUUUCUUUGACAUGAUUUAUGAUAGAACUACUAAGUAUGUGUUUAAAGAUGUAAGAGAAAACAAAAAAGAGCAACUCGACUAUGAUAUCAAAGUUUUUGUUUACAAUAGAGAAUAAAUUGAAGGAACUUUUACAGAACAUCAAAAAAACAUAUGCCCUUAAAAUGUAGUCUAUGUUGAGGAAUAUGUCGUUUUAGACAGCAAAAAGCUUGAGGAGAAAUAAAAAGAUGAAUAUACUAUUAUUGAAAGUUAAAUUUUGACUCAUGAAGAAAUUAUACCUUUAGGCUUUUCUGCUGAAAAUGCAAUAAAUCUGAUUGUCAACAAUAAAUUCGAGGUUCCUUAGGGUAAGCAUUAGCAUCUUCCAAAGAAAGAAAUUGUAAAUCUCGAAAGGGUGAAGAUAGUUAUUGAAUCUGGAAAGGAUAUCUUAUAGAGUCUUUAAAUAGCUUGUAAAGAUAGUGAAGUUAUAUAAAUGAUUUCUUGUUUAUGCAAGCACAUAACAAAAUACGUAGAAAGCCCACAAAUAUUUAACAGAAUUAAUGGAUAUAUUUCUCAUCCUUUAGCAUAUGAAUCACUCAAAGAUCAAGCAGGUGUUGAAUAAAAGUUUAAUGUUUUAAGUGAUUUUUACACUGUAGAUGAUUUAUAAAUUGAUUAAAUACAUAGAAUUAAUAAAAAGCAUUAAGAAGCAAAUGCUUAAAGAAGAAAACUUGUUGAGGGAGAAAACAAAAAAAGAAAUAAAAAGCGUCCAGUUGAUUGGGAAGAUUAUUGCCGUAACUUAGAAUAUAAUAUGGUUGAAUACAUUCAAAAUUUCAUUGAUCAAAGCAAACUAAAAGUUUCUUUCCGUGAAUUAAAGAGCUAAAAUUAGGCUGACAUUAUUGGAGACACUAAGUUAAAUUUAAAAGAUUUUGUUUCUUAAAGUGGAGUUAUCCCAGUUGACACUCUCAAUGCAUAUUAAGAUGAUAUUUUAGAAUAUGCAAAUAAGCGUCCUUUGCAAAUUUUUGUAUUGGGUAAGCCAAAGAAUGGAAAAACUAAAUUUUGUCAAGCUCUAGCUAAAAAAAUUGAUAUAGUCCAUAUAGAACUUGGUAUUUUGAUUUAGAAUCUUUUUAAGCGUGUCUAAGAUAAUGAAGAAAAUCCAGAAGAAGUAGAUGGAGAAGUUGUUGAUAAAUUAAAACCUUGGGAAAGAUAAAUCCUUGCAGAGUUACAAGAAGGAAAAUGCAUUUCAAACUAAAAUUUAAUUAAUUUAGUUAACUACGAGUUAUCUUUUGAAGAACCCUCAAACAAAGGAUAUAUCCUUGAUCUUCCAUUAACAUUCGACUAAGAUUAAGUUAACUGGGUAGAUUGUAUAAUCAAGAAUUAAGUUUAAUUACCUCGUAUAGGCUGUAGAUAUUUUUCUCAUAUCAUUUAAUUUGAUACUUCUGAUGAUGAUAUUAUUAAAUUUGCAUCUGGAAUUAUGGAAAAAGAUGAAGAAGUGAUUAAAGUUUUCUCCAACUAAGAGAGGGAGAUAUCGAGAAGACCAAAAAGAGUUCCUGUAGAAGGAGAAGAGGAAGAAGAGCCUGUAGAAGAAGAAGAUGAAGAAGGCAAGUAGCCUAUUAAUGAUGACGAUUUAGUUUAUAGACCUAACGAAGAUGUUGAAAUCUUAAAAAUACAUUUAAAUCAAUAUGAAAAGGUUACUCUUCCUAGAGUUAAAGAGUUUUUAUAACACUUGACUAAAAAUGAGCAUUUAUUCGUUAAGCAUAAUGGUUCAAAUGAAUUGGAAAUUGUUGAAUAUAUUUAUGAGUCUUUAGGAAACGAAGUUAAACCACUCAGACCUCUUGGUGUUAAAUUAGAAGGUGGUUCUAAUAAAGAUUUACUUACUCAGGGACUUGAAGAAUAAAAAUUAUAGCGCUGCUGGUCACCAUGGUAGCAAAUUGAUCCAGUUGAGCUAUUCAAAGGCAGAGUUGUUGUAGGUAAAUCUGACUAUGCAUGUGAUUAUGCAGGUCGUGUUUUUUUAUUUGACAAUGAAUAGAAUUAAGAUGCUUUCAGCAAAAAUGCCAGAAAGUAUUUGAAGAAGCCACCAUAACUACCUAAAACAUAUAAUGUAGCUAUAAUUGGACCAAGAUUAAGUGGUAAAAAAACCUAUGGUAAAAGACUAGCAUAGGAAUAUGGCUGGAAGUUUGUAGAUGUAGAAGGUAUAAUAGGCGAAGUGCUAAAAUGGUAAAGGCAAUAAGAAAUAGAACAAGGUACUCACAUUCCAUCAAACUUCGAAGCAAGAGUUAAAGACAUUCAUCUUUCUUUAGAAGAAUGGAAAGAGUUUUCAAAAGGUAAUCCACUUUCUGCAAAAGAAGUGUGGCCUAUUAUUUUACACAAAUUGAAUAUUCCUUUGCAAAAAAAACCUGAAAAUUGGGGAGUUGAAAAGAACGAAAAUGAAGAAGAAGAAGACGAGGAAGCUAAGAGAUUAGCUGAAGAAGCUGCUAAAAAAGGUAAGAAAGCACCUAAAAAGAAAGAAGUAAAAGAAAAGCCAAAGGAAGGCGAAGAUGAAAGACCCAAGACUCCUCCACCUGAGGAUAUUCCUUUAAAAGAAUUAAUUUAAGUAGUAUAAGCUGAUAACAAGCUAAAUCCUGUGCUAGGUAUAUGUAUGAUCGGCUAACCGACAAACGAAGAAGAAAUAAAUAAAUUAAAAUAUCACAAUAUUCCUAUCGAUAAAGUCAUUGUCCUUGUAGAUAGAAAUGAAGAAGAAGAGGGGAAAACUUUAAGGACAAGGCCUGGUAUUGAAUAUGCAUGCAAUAUAGAAAGUGAAUUAAAAUUUAUUAAUGAUGCUGCAGCUGUUCUCAAAGAAUAAUUUGGUGAAGAAAAUGUUAAAGAAAUAAGUAUCGAAGGUAGUGAGUUAGAAGUUUAUAACAGAAUUAAAGUAUCACUUGAUCCUUUCUUUUUGAAGUGCGAUGAAGAAGAAAAUAUAGCUAGAACUUCUAAUGAUGUAUAAGAAGGAGAUGAUCCUGUCCCAUUAGGUGAAUAUGGUCCUUUUUGUCCUAUUGCAUUUAAUGAAGAUAAAUGGUUGCUUCCCGGUAAGAAAGAUUUUGAAAGCUUUGUUAGAGGUAAGAGUCACAUAUUCUACAGUGAAGAAGAUAAGAAAAAGUUUACUGACCAUACAUGGAAGUAUGUUGAUGGUAAAACUCACUUUGAUGUCCCACCUCCAAGAAUUAUGAUUAUGGGUCCUAAAGGUUCUGGUGUUCACACAUAACUUGAACUAUUGCAAUAAAAAUACAAAAUUCCCGUUUUUGAUUUGAAAAAGAAUCUCCUUGCACAUAUUUUAAAUGAAAAAGAAAAGAGAAAAUAAGACAGAUUGUUUAAUAGAGGAUUCAAGCCUAUUGAGUUAGAUGAAGAAGGCAAACCGAUUGAAGACUAAGAAAUAAAUGAAGAAGCAUAGGAUUUUGAUAAGAAAGCUCAUGAAAUGACUGUUAUCAAACAUAUUUUUAAUGAAGUAUAAUAAUGUUUUAUCAAUGGUAAUUUUUCUGAUGUCUAAGAAGAAGUUAUUCAAACUCCACUGAAUGAAUUACUCAUAGAAUCUAAAAAACUUCCUGAAUUUGUCAUUCAUCUUAAAGUUAAUGAAAAAAGCGUUGUUGAUAGAAUAUUUGUUGAAGACGAUGUUAAAAAAGAGCAUAGAUUAUAAAAAGAGAAAGAAGCCGAAGAAGCUAGACAAUAAAAACUAGCUGAGCUUGCUGAGGCAGGAGAAGAAGGUGCUGCUGCUGCCGAAUAACCUCCUUAGGAAGUAGAUGAAGAAGAGGAGGAAGCUAAGAGACAAGCUGACGCUCAAGAGCUUUAAGAAAAAAUAGAAAAUAAAAAGAAAGAACUCCAAGACUAUCGCGAAGCAGAAGCAAAUAGAAUCGAAGAAUAUUGCUAGAGUUUCAUAGGCUUAGGUAUCCCUGUAGUGGAAAUAAACUGUGAUGUUCCAAUUCAAUAAGUAUUUAACCGUAUUAAUUAUCAACUGAAAAAGUAUAUGGAGGAAAGAUAGAAUCUGCUUGAGAGACACUAAUGUUUAAUGUUAAUGAGACCUAAAAAAACAGAAGAAGAAAAUGAUGAAGAAGAAAAACCUUUCAGACUUGACUUUUUCGAAAAAAGCUAUACAUUCAAAAAGAGUAGAUAUUAAGAUAAAAAUGCUUUGACAUUAAUAGAUGUACCUAAGAUAAGAGAAUAUCCUCUACUCUAUAGAGAUAGAAUAUAUUAUUUUAGUAGCGAAGAAGAAUUGAGAAUGGUUGCUCAUGAACCUCUUAAAUACUUAAUUUAAAAGUGCUUCCCAAAAGAUGUCGAAAUAAGACCAGUAGUUUUUGUUAUUGGUAAACCUAAAACUGGUAAAUCUACUUUGUGUAAGCUUUUAUAGGAAAAGCUUGGGCUAGUAAGAGUGAAAUUUUCACAAAUUUUAGAAGAAUAUAUAAAAGAUCAUAUGAAUGUAAAGGCUGCUGAAGCUUUGUAGAUUUUAGAAAACGGAAAAACUCUUUCUGACGAACAAAUUGUUGAAUUAGUUCUUCAAAGAAUUCAAUAAGCUGAUUGUAAAGCAAAUGGCUGGGCACUUGAUGGCUUGCCUUAAAAUAGGAACUAAGCAGUUCUAUUCCAUCAAAGAGGAAUUAUCCCUUCUUCAGUCUUUUCUAUCUAAUUAAGCUCAGUAGAGAUACUUGAAAGGUUUAAAAGCAGAAGAGGACCUAAAAAGUUUGGUUAUAAUGACAUUGUUUUGCAUGAUAAAUUAUAAUAGAGUGAAUGCGAUGUAUUAGAAAACUAUUACUUAGACACAUUUAAUAAUAUUAGAUUUAUAGAUGGAAAUAUUUCCAAAUGGGGUAUUUUCGAUCAAGCCAAAAAGUUUAUACAUAGCUCCUUGUUAUCUAAAUAUUAGUUUACUAGAGCUAUUGUAACUUCAUCCCCUGCUAAUGUAAGUGAAAUGAGUUUAACUCGUUCUGAAAUUCUUGAAAACAUAGGCAAAUUUAAGAAUUACUCCCCAGUUUCAAUGAAAAUAUAAAAGAAGUUUGUAUAAAAUAAUAUUAGACAUCCUUAUUUGGCUUACUACGAUGGAUUUUUGUAUAUCCUUGAUAAUGAAAAAGAACUCAAUGACUUCCUUAAUAGACCAGAUUUAUAUGUUUACCAAUACUCUGAGAAGCUUAAUCCCCCAAUUAAGAUAUAAAUAGAUAAUAUAAUAGCAAAAUACAAAGAUGUAAGCAAUUAAGGACAUUGUGUUGGUACUUUAAGAGCAAAUGAACUCAAAAAGAGUUAACCAAGUUUAUUAGUUUAAUACUAAGAUCAGAUUCACUCUUUCUCAACUGCUGAUUUAAUGAUCAAAUUUAUAACCAAUCCUCAUGAUUAUAUAAACAUUAAACUCCAUGAUAAAUUGCCAGUUUAAUUUGACCCUACUAACCUAGUAAAAAAAGUAGCUAAAAAGGGAGAUUGUACUGCAUUUUUAGAACACCACUUAGGAAAUAUAGUAAUGAGAGUUUUGGCUUAGCUAGGCUAUAAAAGAAUCAAAUAUCCUACAUUAUCUUGCAAAGAGACAGCCCUUAAAUUUAUUGCAAUUUAAUUAAAAGCAAAUAAUCCAAAUAAAGAUGAAAGUUAUAGAUUAAAAUAUUAAUAAAAGCUUUAACAAUUCCUUAAACAUUGUCAAUUUUGUGAAUAAAUCAGGGAUGAAUUCAGAAGAAAAGAAGAAGAAUAAUCUCAUAAUCUUUGGAAUGAGUGGGAUGAAGAAAAUCUUUUAAAAAUCACAAAGGAGUUUUCAGAUUUUAAGAAAGUUUUAGAUUAAGAAGAAAAGGAAGUUUAUUUCUAAAAGUUUAUUCAUUGA